AUGUCAAAUCAAGAGAUAAGCUUGAAGUGGAAUGGAUAUCAGAACAAUAUACUGUCUAAUGUGAAGGAGUUGUUCAAAGAUGAGGGCUUAUCAGAUGUUACACUUGUUUCGGAAGGACAUAGUUUCAAAGCUCAUAAAGUGAUUCUUUCAGCGAAUAGUUCAGUUUUCAGGAACAUAUUCCAGCAAAACCCCCACAAAGAUCCAAUUAUAGUGCUACAUGACAUCAACACGGCCUCCCUGCGGACUUUGUUGACGUUUAUGUACAACGGCGAGGUGAAUGUGACUGAGGAAUUCUUGCCUAUGCUACUAAAGACUGCAGAAGUGUUGAGAAUAUGCGGGCUGUCUACGGGAAACGAAACCAAACGUGAUGACGAGAAACCCGCAACUCAGCCUAAGAAGCGUAAAAAGAGUGAAGAGGAUAACAAUAAUAAAAUUAAAAAAAUGGCCCUAUCUGUACCUAAAUUUGACACUGGGAGUUUGGACUGCCCUAACCUCACUAAUAUAGUUCCAAAAGAAGAACCAGUGGACUCUCCUUUAACAGACUAUUCAGGAGAGAAUACAAAUGAUACAGAUAUAGCUCUGCUUGAUGACCCAGUAGAUAAAAAAUUCCUUGUAAGCCCAGAGAUACUGACAGGCAAAUUUACACACACUGCUUCAAAUGAGCAACAUCUCAAAAAGUGGAUAAAUGAAGUUAGCAGUACUCAACCAGGCUUGAAUUUAUGUGAAAAGGCGAAUGGUACAGAUUCCCUAGAUGAUGAUAAGGACAGUAUUGAAAUUGACAAAGAAGUCGAAACUGUGUUGCAGAGUGGAACAAUUGUAGAGUCAUUAAGUAUUACUACUGGGAACCUAAAUUCCGUGUCCAGUGAAGCUCAGAACUGUAAAGAUAAAGCCACAUGCUAUGCAAACCCUUCCUUUCCCUGUCCGUUCUGUCCGCGGGUGUACAACAGCUGGGGUUACAGGAGGAGACAUGUUAAAUCACGGCAUAUAACAAAUAGAUUGUCUUGUAAGUGGUGCGUAUCCAUUUUACCUUCAACGGGAGCCUGGUAUACUCAUGCAACCCGCACCCAUGGAGUUCCUCACGAAGAAGCACGAAACUCACUUGUAGUUAUGGUAGAGGCCCAUGCUGUUCUCACUUCAAAUGAACCCAGUGUUACCCAGUUGCUCGGACAAGUUGGUAUGGACGGUAAUGGAAGUGUUACGGAGAAGAUUAAUUAGGGUAUGUGGUUUAAUAUUGAGUUUGUUUUUUAAACAAAUGUGUGUCUUAUUAUAGACAACUUAUUAGGAGACUGGGGAUUUUCAAAGGUAAUGUCUUAAAGCGUUGUCAGAAAUGAAAGUGUGGUUUGGUUCUUAACCAAUGGUUCUACCUUGUAUCAAAAGAUAUUUUUGAGACGUGUUUUCGUCGGCGUGUUAAUUUCGUCUUUUUUUAUAGUGCAUAUUUAACAUUAAACGAGGAAGGGUUUAAAAUACCCGUACUGAAUGAUAUGUUCAGGUAUAUUAAACAGGUUUUUUCAUAUAAAAUUAUGAUUUUUCACUUUUAGAAUGGAAGAAAAAGGCCUUGAUUAUAAAGAAAAGCUCUAAAGUAGAUUUUUUUAUAAAUAAAUUUAUGCAAGGAAAUGCAAUCGAAAGCAAAAUUCAAACGCAAAAAAGCAAGCAAUAAUUAAAUGAUAAGAUAUUUUUUUAAUAAAAUGUGUGUUUGAGUGUAAAGAA